GGCAGACGCGCGAGACGAAGAAAGGGGGGAAAGGACCGACGGGGGAUCGCGCGCUCGCACCUCACACACUCCCUCCCCCAUUUCUCCUUGUCCCACAGACGAUCCGCGGGCUUCGGUUCUCCUCAGCACGAAGGCGGAUCACCAACCAUCGGAUUUUUCCCUCCGCGCACACGCGCAUUAACAACCGUUGCCAAGUCUAACCGGAGGUGGUGGUGGCGGUUGUGGCGUCAAGAAGCAGCGUGAAGCCGCACCUUUCUUUCUCUCACGAUGAGACACGUGUCUGCCAGGGAUCAUCGUUUCACUUGUCACGUGGCCCCACCUCGCCCAAUCGCCAGGGAGCAAUGACGAUAUUUCUCUUCAGAGAGUGCCGUGAGGAGAAACAGUUCGGCUGUGGAGGCGAAGAGCGGCGGUUUGGGGAGACAGAAGAGGACAGGGAACGGGGGAAGCGCGGCGUCUGUUUUUUUUUUCUUCUCCGCACCAUGUAUUUCUUCAUCUAGAGAGAGAAGUAGUUCAGGAAUUGAGGGAGUAGAGAAAACGGGGUCGGUGGGUGAUUGUAACGGAAGGUCCGUUCUUUGCGGUGCUGUGACGCGAAAAAAAAACCCGUAAGCGUUUCUGUUAAAAGAGCGGUCGCGCGCGCCUUUGUGAACAGAACUGGGGCGGGAACGGCGCGCAUCUCUCAAAAAGAUUCUAGUAGCUUCGCUUGUCGCGUUCCAGAUUGUAGAGAGGUUCGUAAGGGCGGGGUGCGCGCGCUCGUUCUUCGUGGGGAGAGGCGUUAACCGCCACUGCAGUAGCCGUCAUGGCAUUCACCAACUACAGCAGCCUGCAGCGUGCUCAGCUGACUUUCGACUAUCUUCACACCAACUCAACCACACAUGAAUUCUUGUUUGGGGCCCUUGCUGAACUUGUUGAUAAUGCAAGAGACGCAGAUGCCACAAGAAUAGACAUCUUUACUGAACAUCGAGAAGACCUGAGGGGUGGGUUCAUGCUCUGUUUUUUGGAUGAUGGAGCCGGAAUGGACUCAAAUGAUGCUGCAAGUGUGAUUCAGUUUGGUAAAUCAGCUAAACGAACACCAGAAUCAACCCAGAUUGGACAAUAUGGAAAUGGUUUGAAAUCGGGCUCUAUGCGGAUUGGCAAGGAUUUUAUUCUCUUCACCAAGAAAGACAACACCAUGACUUGCCUAUUCUUGUCUCGGACAUUUCAUGAAGAAGAAGGAAUUGAUGAGGUAAUUGUUCCUCUACCUUCCUGGAAUUCUCGUACCAGCGAGCCCAUAACAGACAACAUGGACAGAUUUGCCAUUGAAUCUGAGCUGAUCUACAAAUAUUCCCCCUUCAAAUCAGAACAAGAAGUAAUGGAGCAGUUUAGGAAGAUUCCUGGGGAGAAAGGGACUCUGGUGACCAUUUUCAACCUUAAACUAAUGGAUAAUGGAGAACCUGAGCUGGAUGUUACCUCUGACCCAAGAGAUAUUCAGAUGGCUGAAACCCCACCAGAGGGGACGAAACCAGAGCGUCGUUCCUUCCGUGCAUAUGCUGCUGUUCUGUACAUUGAUCCUAGAAUGAGAAUAUUCAUCCAUGGACACAAAGUACAAACCAAACGCCUUUCUUGUUGCUUAUACAAGCCUCGGAUGUACAAAUAUGCUUCAAAGCGCUUCAAAACCAGAGCGGAACAAGAAGUGAAAAAAGCUGAGCACAUGGCUCGCAUAGCGGAAGAGAAAGCUCGAGAAGCAGAGAGUAAAGCCCGUGCAUUAGAGCUGCGCCUGGGAGACGAUCUCUCAAGGGAGUCCAGGGUCAUAUUGCGCCAAGCUCAGAACAUGGCAAUAAACAUGCGUCGAGAAGCUGAUGUCAAGAAGAGGAUGAAGGAGGCCAAACAGCAGGCACUAAAGGAACCAAAAGAACUGAACUUCAUUUUUGGGGUGAACAUAGAGCAACGACAUUUGGAUGGGAUGUUUGUGUAUAACUGUAGCCGGCUGAUUAAGAUGUAUGAGAAGGUGGGCCCGCAGCUGGAGGGUGGCAUGGCAUGUGGCGGUGUUGUAGGAGUGGUGGAUGUCCCCUAUUUGGUUUUAGAGCCAACACAUAACAAACAGGACUUUGCAGAUGCCAAAGAGUAUCGGCAUUUGUUAAAAGCAAUGGGAGAACAUCUGGCUCAAUACUGGAAGGAUGUUGAGAUUGCUCAGAAGGGCAUUAGCAAGUUCUGGGAUGAUUUUGGCUAUUUAUCAGCUAACUGGAACCAGCCUCCAUCAAAUGAGUUACGUUACAAGAGACGGAGAGCCAUGGAGAUCCCCACUACCAUUCAAUGCGACAUGUGUCUGAAAUGGCGGACCCUCCCCUUCCAGCUCAGUUCUGUGGAGCAAGAAUACCCAGAUUCCUGGGUGUGUACAAUGAACCCUGACCCUGAACAAGACAGAUGUGAUGCUCUUGAGCAGAAGCAGAAGGUGCCUUUAAGCGUUCUGAAGAAGGAAAAAUCACAGGAAGAUAAACAGAAAGAACUGACUGAGAAAAUUCGUCAGCAGCAAGAGAAGCUGGAGGCCUUACAGAAAACCACACCAAUACGUUCCCAAGCAGACUUGAAGAAGCUACCCCUGGAAGUCACCACACGACCUGUGCUAGAGAAUUCGGACAUGCUGAGCAGACCACAGCGUCCACGGUCUCCUCCUUUACCUGAUGUGAUUAAAAAUGCUCCUAGUAGGCCCCCAGCUCAACCCUCCAGGUCCAUCACUCAACACAAAAAGGGGCCCCCACCUCGACCAUUCAUUGGCUCCUCCAGAUCUCAGAGUGCGGCUUUCAGGGAAGAAUUCAACAUUUCAAGAACCCAACCUCCUGCUAUAGCUGCUGGGAAAUCUACAGCCACACUUGUAAAACCGCCACCCAGACUUGUGGCAGAAGGGAGAACACCUCCAGUGGUACUUCAGAACUCCAAGAGCCAGCUCACACCUCCCUGCUCAAAACCCUCCAAGCCUCUUCUGUCACCACCAAAGAAACCCUGUGUCAUCAAGCAGCCGCAGGCUUCCAGUUCCCGGAAGAGAAACAUAAACACGAUCGAGGAUGAAUCAGAGGAGGAGGUGGAGCAAAGAAAAGAGAAAAGGAGACCAGGCAAAACGGUGACAGUCAAAGAAGAGAAGAAGGAUUCCAAUGAGGUGGUUGUGGAGCUCACAGAUAGUGCAGAGGAAGAAGAUCCAGCAGAACUGAAAAAAGCACAGAAAGAUAAAGGGCAGCACGUGGAAGUACGAGUGAACAAAGGGUGGUAUACUGGCCGUGUUACGGCUGUGGAAGUGAGCAAGAAAGUCGUCCGCUGGAAGGUGAAGUUUGAUUACGUUCCCACGGAUAGCACCCCAAGAGAUCGCUGGGUAGAGAGAGGUAGUGAGGAUGUGCGGUUGAUGAAGCCUCCCUCUCCAGAACACCGAAGUCCAGACACGCCACAGCAGCAGCAGCAGCAGGAAGCAGUUGUUGCAGCCAAACCUUCUACCUCAGAGUGCGUCCGAACUGAGCCAGACACCACUGCCUCUGCAAGCAGCAGCCACGAGACUGUAGACCUGUUAGCCCAGGCACUCCGGAAUUGUUUGCGAUAUUUCCUGCCUCCCUCUUUCCCCAUCUCCAAGGAAGAGUUGAGUUCCAUGAGUUCAGAAGAAUUGGUGACUUUCCCACUGAAAGAAUAUUUCAAUCAAUAUGAGGUCGGUCUGCAGAAGCUGUGCAACUCCUACCAGAAUCGGGCUAAUGCCCAGGCCAAACUCAGUGAAGAAAAGCUCCUGGUUCAGGAACAGAAGCAUGCAGAGACAAAGGAAAAGCUCCAGAAGCUGAGGACUAACAUAGUAGCACUACUACAGAAGGUACAAGAGGACAUCGACAUCAAUACAGAUGAUGAGUUGGAUGCCUACAUUGAGGAUCUAAUCACUAGGGGAGACUGAACAUUCCAACAUCAGAGUGAAAUUGCCAAGGAGUUGGUCCCCAUGUCUUCUGUGACUUGAAUAUAUGUAGGAAGAACAGCAACCUGGAACCAGAACGAUUAGAGACCAUUUACUGUUACAAUAUGUGUUUAUAUAUUAUUCGUUCUUGUGGAUUUUUUAAAAAAUACAAAAAAAUUAGUGCUUU